AUGUCGGCCCCAACUACCCGCCUUAUACCGGCACAUUCACGUACUCUUCUCCUCACCUUCGAUGCUUUCGGCACCCUCUUCUACCCGCGUCUCCCCAUCCCCGAGCAAUAUGCCGCGACCGCGCACCAAUUCGGAUUAUCGCGCACCACUGUCACCCCGAAUAAGCUCGAAACAGCGUUCCGGGACACAUAUCGUGCGCAGAUGCGUCAAUACCCAAAUUACGGUCGCGCGGAUGUUCUCCGAGGCCAAUACGGAGGGCCGAGGCAGUGGUGGGAGGAGGUAAUCAGGGGGAGUUUCAGACGUGUUUUGUCUACAGAGAAUGGAGAGACGCGCCCUGGAACCCCCAAAGAGCAUGUUUCUGAUGCCAUGGUGGAAGCCCUACUCGAUCGAUUUGCUGGUGCCGAGGGGUACGCGCUCUAUGACGAUGUGCUACCUUUCUUCCGCCGAAUGCGCCGUCUCAAGUCCGCGCAUAAGUGGUCAUUUGAUAGGAUUGUUGUGGGGGUGGUAUCCAAUUCGGAUGACCGCGUCCCCGCGGUGCUGAAGUCGUUGGGGUUGACGGUUGGUGAUAUGCGCGCCGACCAGGAUAAAUCGAGUAUGGAUCUUCCAGGGUUCGAGGAACGAAAUAUCAAACAAGAUACUGCCAGUGCACACAACAAAGAUCAUGAAGACUGCAACUAUGAACUUGAUAUUGAUAUGGUCAUUACGAGUUAUGAAGCCGGUCAAGAGAAACCUCAUCGUUUGAUAUUUGACGUGGCGAGACGGCAAGCUCUAAAGGUUGCCCGCCCAUGGUUGACCAGCAGAACCAAAUUCAGAUCUGUGCAUGUGGGGGAUGAUCAUAAAAAGGAUUGUCAGGCUGCAAGGGAUGCAGGCUGGGAGAGCUAUUUGCUUAUUCGAGAUCAUACCGAGGACUAUGAACCGAAGGCAUUCCUAAAUCUCCUAAAGUUAGCAGAUAAACUGGAGCGUUUCCCAUAA